CACAUGAUUUGCUAUAGGCCUAAUAAUUAAGGCUAGUAAACCACGUGUGCUUUCAAAAAUCCUUUAUUCUAGCCAUGACUUGUGAGAUGCGAGUACUCAGCUUCUAGCUUUUCCUGAUUCUGCCAUUUUGACGACAAUAAGCAAAUUAAACCAUUAUAGGCUUAUAUUAAGAUUAACAUCAGUUUAUUCUGGAGAAUGUGUGUAAAUCUCUCGGAUCAUAUGCCUCAAUAUAGAUGUUUGCGUGAAACGAUCUUCUUAAAAUAUCCCGGAUAAAUAUAACUUCUUGUUUAACAGGUUUACCACCUAUAGACCUACGUUUUUCUGAAGAAGUUGCUGACAGGGAUUCCUCACAUUGUGAAUAAGACGUUUAUCGCAGAAGCUACGGAAGGAAAUGCUUUGAAGACAACAUCUACUCUUGAGGAUAAGGCAAUGGGUGUCGAUCAUCCAGGAACAGAGAGAGCUGAUCUCCAUAAACACUCCUCCAAAUCGAUUUAAAUUGUUGUAUUGCAUGGAAUAACUUCAUCAAUAUCCAAAAAUAUAACCUUGGUUAUCAGGUCAUACACCUACAUUCGUUGACCAGGAUUGAUCCGAAAAAGGAACUUAUCGCAGGUGUAGGAGAUGUUAUGAAGACAAUAUCUUUGAGGAUGAAGAAAUUUGUGUCAAUUAGGUGGAAAAAAAGUUAAAUCUAAAUGGGGAGACAUUCGUCCAGAUCGGUUUAAAUUGUCGUUUGCAUAAAACAUAUUCACAAAUAUGCUUGACAAUUACAUCAACUUUUGGUUAUCAACCUACAUCUUUCUUUGACCGGAACUGAUCACAUCAUGAACAAGGCGCUUAUUGCAGCAGUGAAGGAAGGGGAUGUUGUGAAGACAAGAUCCAUUCUUGAGGAUGAGGCACUUAUUGCUAUAAGCCAGGAUGAGGUAGAAGAUACAGAUGGGAAGACAAUCCUCCACAUCGCUUCAGAAGAAGGGCAUAUCGAGUUGGUAAAAUACAUCAUUGACUUGAGGGAUAAGUUUAUUCAGCAGAGCGGGAAUGAUGGCAAUCGUCCUCAAGAUAAGUCUCAGAGUCGUCUUCGGAAUCUCGCUCAAUAUCUGGAUAUCAAUGAGAGUGAUAAUAAUGGUUUUACACCUCUCUACCUUGCCUCACGGUUCGGUCAUUUAGAUGUGGUUGAGUGUUUAGUCAGACAUGGAGCAGACGUAAACAAAGCAACAUCAGAUGGCGAUACACCCCUUUGUAUUUCAUCAAAUAACGGUCAUCAUGAUGUAGUUAAAUGCCUCGUAAGUUCAGGGGCAGAUGUAAACAAGGGCGGGAAGGGUGGAGCAACACCUCUACAUAACGCAUCAGACAAUGGUCAUUAUGACAUUGUGCAUUAUCUCAUUUCUAAAGGAACGAACCUGAAUAGCGUGGAUGACCUUGGCCAAGCGCCUUUACACCUAUCCUCAGAGAGUGGUCACUUUGAUAUUGUAAAACACCUCAUUGAUGAGGGUGCAAACAUCAAGGCAGAAAAUAAUAAGGGGAUUUCACCACUACACGUGGCUGCACAGGAAGGUCAUUAUGAUAUCGUGGAAUGUCUAGUGAAAGCAGUAGUAGAUGUCAAUAAAUCAGAUGAAUAUGGAUGGACCCCUCUUCAUGUAGCGUCACAGAAUAACCACAUAGAUAUUGUAAAAUAUCUCAUUGCUGAGGGUGCAAAUAUUAACGCAGAAAGUAAUAAUCAGAUCUCGUCCAUCUAUCUGGCUUCAAUGAGAGGUCAUCUUGAUAUUGUUAAAUGUCUGGUGAAUGCAGGAGCAGAGGUCAAUAAAUCGACUGAAGAUGGACGGACACCUCUUCAUGUGGCGUCAGAAAACAAUCACAUAGAUAUUGUAAUAUAUCUCAUUGCUGAGGGUGCAAAUGUUAACGCAGAAAGUAAUAAUCAGAUCUCAUCCAUCUAUCUGGCUUCAAAGAGAGGUCAUCUUGAUAUUGUUAAAUGUCUGGUGAAUGCAGGAGCAGAUGUCAAUAAAUCGACUGAAGAUGGACGGACACCUCUUCAUGUGGCGUCACAGAAUAUUCACAUAGAUAUUGUGAAAUAUCUCAUUGCUGAGGGUGCAAACAUUAACGCAGAAAGUAAUAAUCAGAUCUCAUCCAUCUAUCUUUCUUCAAUUGACGGUCAUCUUGAUAUUGUUAAAUGUCUGGUGAAUGCAGGAGCAGAUGUCAAUAAAUCGACUAAAGAUGGAUGGACACCUCUUCAUGUGGCGUCUGAAAACAAUCACAUAGAUAUUGUAAAAUAUCUCAUUGCUGAGGGCGCAAUCAUCGACGCAGAAACUAAUAAUCAGAUCUCAUCCAUCUAUCUGGCUUCAAAGAAAGGUCAUCUUGAUAUUGUUAAAUGUCUGGUGAAUGCAGGAGCAGAUGUCAAUAAAUCGGAUGAGGAUGAAUGGACACCUCUUAAUGUAGCGUCACAGAAUAACCACAUAGAUAUUGUAAAAUAUAUCAUUGCUGAGGGUGCAAAUAUUAACGCAGAAACUAAUAAUCAGAUCUCAUCCAUCUAUCUGGCUUCAAAGAGAGGUCAUCUUGAUAUUGUUAAAUGUCUGGUGAACGCAGGAGCAGAUGUCAAUAAAUCGACUGAAAAUGGACGGACACCUCUUCAUGUGGCGUCAAAAAACAAUCACAUAUAUAUUGUAAAAUAUCUCAUUGCUGAGGGUGCAAACAUUAACGCAGAAAGUAAUAAUCAGAUCUCAUCAAUCUAUCUGGCUUCAAAGAAAGGUCAUCUUGAUAUUGUUAAAUGUCUGGUUAACGCAGGAGCAGAUGUCAAUAAAUCGAUUGAAGAUGGAUGGACACCUCUUCAUGUGGCGUCAGGAAAGAAUCACAUAGAUAUUGUAAAAUAUCUCAUUGCUGAGGGAGCAAACGUCAACGCAGAAGUUGAUUGGAAGAUUUCUCCCUUAUAUCUUGCUUCAGAGAACGGUUAUAUUGAUAUCGUUAAAUGUCUGGUGAAAGCAGGAGUAGAUGUCAAUAAAUCGAAAGAGAAUGGAUGGACACCUCUUUUUAUGGCGUCGGCAAAUAAUCACAUAGAUGUUGUCAAAUAUCUCAUUGCACAUGGUGCAAACAUUAACGCAGAAAGUAAUGAUCACAUAUCAUCCGUCUAUUUGGCUUCACAGAACGGUCAUCUUGAUAUUGUUAAAUGUCUGGUGAAUGCAGGAGCAGAUGUCAAUAAAUCGGAUGAGGAUGGAUGGACACCUCUUUAUGAAGCGUCACAGAAUAACCACAUAGAUAUUGUAAAAUAUCUCAUUGCUGAGGGUGCAAAUAUUAACGCAGAAAGUAAUAAUCAGAUCUCAUCCAUCUAUCUGGCUUCAAAGAGAGGUCAUCUUGAUAUUGUUAAAUGUCUGGUAAACGCAGGAGCAGAUGUCAAUAAAUCGACUGAAGAUGGACGGACACCUCUUCAUGUGGCGUCACAGAAUAAUCACAUAGAUAUUGUGAAAUAUCUCAUUGCUGAGGGUGCAAUCAUCGACGCAGAAAGUAAUAAUCAGAUCUCAUCCAUCUAUCUGGCUUCAAUGAGAGGUCAUCUUGAUAUCGUUAAAUGUCUGGUAAACGCAGGAGCAGAUGUCAAUAAAUCGACUGAAGAUGGACGGACACCUCUUCAUGUGGCGUCAAACAACAAUCACAUAGAUAUUGUAAAAUAUCUAAUUGCUGAGGGUGCAAUUCUGAACGUAAGCGAUGAGGAAGGCUUUACACCCUUAUUUCUGGCUUCAUUUAAUGGUCACAUUGAAGUUGUUAAAUGCUUAGUGAAAGCAGGAGUAGAUGUCAAAUCGAAAAAGGAUGGAUGGAUACUUCUCCAUGUGGCGUCUGAGAACGGUCAUCUUGAUAUCGUUGAAUGUCUGGUGAAUGCAGGAGCAGAUGUCAAUAAAUCGACUGAAGAUGGAUGGACACCUCUUCAUUUAGCGUCACAGAAUAAUCACAUAGAUAUUGUAAAAUAUCUCAUUGCUGAGAGUGCAAUCAUCGACGCAGAAAGUAAUAAUCAGAUCUCAUCCAUCUAUCUGGCUUCAAAGAACGGUCAUCUUGAUAUCGUUAAAUGUCUGGUGAAUGCAGGAGCAGAUGUCAAUAAAUCGACUGAAGAUGGAUGGACACCUCUUCAUGUAGCGUCACAGAAUAAUCACAUAGAUAUUGUAAAAUAUCUCAUUGCUGAGAGUGCAAUCAUCGACGCAGAAAGUAAUAAUCAGAUCUCAUCCAUCUAUCUGGCUUCAAAGAACUGUCAUCUUGAUAUCGUUAAAUGUCUGGUGAAUGCAGGAGCAGAUGUCAAUAAAUCGACUGAAGAUGGAUGGACACCUCUUCAUGUAGCGUCACAGAAUAAUCACAUAGAUAUUGUAAAAUAUCUCAUUGCUGAGGGUGCAAUCAUCGACGCAGAAAGUAAUAAUCAGAUCUCAUCCAUUUAUCUGGCUUCAAAGAGAGGUCAUCUUGAUAUCGUUAAAUGUCUGAUGAACGCAGGAGCAGAUGUCAAUAAAUCGACUGAAGAUGAACGGACACCUCUUCAUGUGGUGUCAAAAAACAAUCACAUAGAUAUUGUAAAAUAUCUCAUUGCUGAGGGUGCAAUCCUGAACGUAAGCGAUAAGGAAGGCUUUACACCCUUAUUUCUAGCUUCAUUACAUGGUCACCUUGAAGUUGUUAAAUGCUUAGUGAACGAAGGAGCAGAUCUGAACCAAAGAGGAAUUAAGUAUGGUCGGACAGCUCUCGACCAAGCUUCACAUAAUGGACAUAUAAACAUAGUGAAAUACCUAAUUUCUAACGGAGCUAAAUUCAAUGACGCAGAGAGCAAAACCCCUUCACCAUUACAUUUAGCAUCGCAUGGAGGUCAUCUGGAAGUUGUAAAAUACCUCAUCACCAUGGUAGAAGAUCUUAACUCAUUAGAUGAUAAGGGAGUUACACCACUGUAUGUCGCUUCACUGGGAGGAAAUCUUCAUAUCGUUGAAUGUCUGGUGAAGGCAGGAGCAGAUGUCAAUAAAUCGAAAAAGGAUGGACGGACACCUCUUCAUGUAGCGUCACAGAAUGAUCGCAUAGAUAUUGUAAAAUAUCUCAUUACUGAGGGUGCAAACAUUAACGCAGAAGAUGAUGAGGGGAGAUCGUCCGUAUACACGGCUUCAAAGAACGGUUAUCUUGAUAUCGUUGAAUGUCUAGUGAAUGCAGGAGCAGAUGUCGAUAAAUCGGAUGAAGAUGGAUGGACACCCCUUCAUGUAGCUUCAGAUAACAAUCAUAUAGACAUUGUAAAAUAUAUCAUUGCCAACGGAGCAAACAUCAACAUAAUGGAUACCAACCAGAUGACAGUAUUAUGUUUCGCUGCAUGGCAAGAUCAUUUUGAAAUUGUUGAAUCUCUAGUGAAUGCAGAAGCUGAUGUUAACAUGGCCACAAAGGAUGGCAAAACAGCUCUUCAUGCUGCCUCACAUAAAGGCUAUCUAAAUAUCAUACAAUAUUUCAUUACGCAUGGGGCAGAUAAAGAGGCACGUGAUAAUAACGGUUGGACAGCUUCUCAUUUUGUUGCAGCGAAUGGUCACUUAGAGUGUUUGAAAUAUCUCCUGAGGAACAGAACUACCGAUGAAGUUGAUGAUAGUCACAACGCUCUUGAUGGAAAUAUACAGGUAUUUGUAUGCACCUAA